GCUCGCCUUUGUGCAUUUAUUUACCUCUGUCAUAUUUUUAUAUACUAUUAAUGUGCAUUAUAAAGUAUGAAUAAAUAAAUAAAAAAUAUUUAACCUUUUUGCUUAUUAAAAUAUAUAGUGUAAUGACACUGAUAAAUCUAUCUGAUUUUUCGGAAUUGUAAUGUUUUUUUUGCUAACGUACGUUAUUUUCAAAUGAAUUUCCAAACCAAUAGCACGUUAUGUCCUUUGAAAGUCCUGGUGGUUAAUCCUCUUACGCCCGCCUCGCAAUUGACUAUUGUUAAAAUAUUAUCUGGUUCAGUUUUUGGAUGCAAUCAACUAAUUGACUUGAUUCUUUUAGUUUAUUCUAAUGAAAAACCUUUUGCUGAAGCGUUUAAACUAGAAUUAUCUGGGUGUGCUUUUUCAUGUAAUAAUUCGAUUGAAGUUUCAUCAAAUUUGCCAAGUCUUUUAGAUGCUGAUGUAUUUUGCUUUAUGUCUAAUUUCACAAAUCCUAAUAAAAUUGACAUUGAAAAAAUUAACAUCGACGAACAGUUUGAUAGUUUAUAUUUGAUUAUAAAAGUUGCUCAUAAUCUGUUGGGCAAAUGUUUUACUGAAGAAGAAAUGGUUGAUGAUGCACCUACAGUAUUGAAAAAGAAAAACAAAUCACCAAAGAAGCACGUAAAGACAAUAAUUGUUGCUGAUGGUUUGGCUACUAUGGAUAUUCUUGUUUCGCUUUCAAAAAAUGUGCCUACUGAUAUAUUUUUUUGUCCAACGGCAAUAACUGGUGUCGCUAAAUCAGUUUUAGGAGAUUAUUUAAAGGUGCAAUGCAAUUUGAUCAAUGAUGUUCACAUCUGGGCUGCUAAUGAUGAGGUUCUUCACGCUGAAGUAAAUACGCCUAUUAUUGUUAGUGACGCCGUCGGUGACUUACCAAAAUGUGAUUGGGAAGCUGUGGGGAAAGAUCAGUUAGAUUCCUUUAAUUUAGAUUAUACUCAAUUUAAUGCUUCGUGGAUGAAGAAAGAAUUUAUAGAGAAGGUAACAACGUGUGCAUCGAAAAAUCCCUACGGGUGUAUUUAUAGAGCUGCAGAAUUUGCUAAAACUUUGCGAGCAAUUUGGGUAUCCCGUUCGAGUGAGACCGGGAAUAAAGUUUAUUGCAACCUGGGUGUUAUAAGCGAUGGUUCUCUAGGAACAAUAAAAGGGUAUCCAUAUGUUUUACCAGUAAUUCUCUUUGGCGACUAUUGGACUGUUAAUAAAUACUUAGAAGAUGAUACUCAUUUAAAACAGGAGAUUAAAAGAAUAAAUAAAGCAGUUAAGGAUCAUCAUCGCAAGUUGAUUCCAUACUGCAAGAAAUUCUUAGAAGAGAAUAUUUUAAAUAACGUAUUUGUUCGCACAGAUGAUGAAAGUUCAUUAUGUACAGUGCUAGAUAAUAGCACUAGAUCUAAUAAUUAAAUUUGUAUUGUGUGAAAAAAUU